AUGCCUUCACUACGUGUUUCCGAGUGGCGAAAGUUGCCCCUGAGCCUCACAGAACUAUGCAUCGACACAACAUUGCGAUGUGGUCAAUCAUUUCGCUGGAAAAAGACUGAUGACGAGUGGCAUAUGGUCCUACAUGGACGUUUACUAUCUUUAAAACAAGAUGAUACAUAUUUGCACUAUAAAGCAACAUGGCCAAGCAAGACUUCUCCAGGCAGCGAGAAACCCUCAGUCCCUGUGAAAGAAGAGUCACCACCCCCUCUAGACAGUCUAGCAGACGACACAGAGGAUCUCAUUAGACACUACUUCAGCUUAAAACACGACGCCGGCGCACUGUAUGAGCAAUGGUCCCAAAAUGACGCCAACUUCCGGCGCAAAGCCCCUCGUUUCACGGGGAUACGCAUCCUGAGCCAAGACGCUUGGGAAGCGCUCAUAGGCUUCAUCUGUAGCAGCAACAACAACAUUUCGCGCAUCUCACAAAUGGUUCACAAGCUGUGUCUGCACUACGGACCGUCCGUCGCCCGGAUUGGCGGUGGCAGCGCGGACGACGGUGAGCUGCUCCAUGAUUUUCCCGAUGCCGCGGCCCUGGCUGGCGCCGGCGUCGAGGCCCACCUGCGCCAGCUCGGCUUUGGGUACCGCGCGCGGUAUAUCGCCGAGACGGCGCGGAUCGUGGCGCAGGACAAGCCGCCCGAGUGGCUCGAGACUCUGACGAACCCCGAGAGCCCGGGCUGGGGCGCUGCGGAGCGCUACGGAACCAAGCUCGAUCGCGUCUCGUACCGCGAGGCCCACGACGAGUUGUUGACCUUGUCGGGCGUUGGGCCCAAGGUGGCCGACUGUGUGUGUCUCAUGGGCCUGGGCUGGGGCGAGGCCGUGCCCGUCGACACGCACGUCUGGCAGAUUGCGCAGCGGGACUACAAGCUUGGCGGUAAGGUCAAGUCCAAGACUUUCUCAAAGGCCAUGUACGAUACCGUUGGCGACCACUUUCGGGGAAUCUGGGGUAGUCAAGCUGGCUGGGCGCAGUCAGUAUUGUUCACGGCGAACCUCAAGUCUUUCUCGGACCGAUCGGCCGUGAAACCAGAGGUGGAAGGCAUCAAGAUUGAGGUCGAGGAGAAGCUUGUUCUCGAGGAGGCAAAACCAAAGACGAAGCGGAAACGUGCGGUGUUGACCGAAACCGUCAAGCUUGAAGAGGUUUCUGUCAAGAUCGAGGAUAAUGAUACCAAGAGAAGAAGGACACGCUCGUCGACGAGAAAAUGA